UUGGGGAAAAAUAAGAAAGAAUCGUGUUGUUUUACGCAAAGCGGUAGCGGCUGCCGGCGAACCACACAGAGUGAGACGCGCUCGUCUCUUCUAUCUUAUAGUUAGAUUCGUGUUGACUGAACGUGUUUUAUUAUUAAUAUUCCGUCCACAGCAUCUCUGAUUCACAGACUCGAUCAUGACUGUUGUGAGGACUCUUGACGUCAGAGGGGAGAAUCAUCGGUGAGGUCCAAUGGGGGGAAUAUCAAGCGAGGCAGCGCUAUCGUCCUACCAACAGUAUUAGCCAUGCUAACCGACGAGCACCUCGCCUUUCCACAGGACUUAACCCGCCAAAGAUGACAGUUUUGCUCAACUGCGUGAAACAAAGGGCAAUUUAGUUCUUCUUUUAUGUUGUUCUCCGUCUCUUUCUGGGUCCUCCAUCUAGUCUCGUAUGACAGGCACGGACUGCGCGCAAGCUCGGGGGAGAAAAAGGCAUUGCAGCUUCAUGGCACUGAGCUAUGAUUCACUCUCUUGCAGCAGCAAUGAGCAACCAACUUCAAAACACCUCUUCCCUCUCCACGGCAGACACGUGGAAUCUCCUGGAUGUGCGGAACUCAUCACCGGUGCGAACGGCAGAGCUGAGGCCGCUUCCUGUUAGCCCGUGGGACAUUGCACUGUGCGUGACAGGCACGCUCAUCUCCUGCGAGAAUGCAAUCGUGAUAGCCAUCCUGUUCUACACACCCACCUUGAGAGCCCCCAUGUUCAUUCUGAUAGGGAGCCUCGCGUUUGCAGACCUUCUCGCGGGACUCGGCCUCAUUCUCAACUUUGUCUUCAUCUAUAUGCUGAACAUGCAGUUUGUGACUCUGAUCUCCGUUGGCUUGCUGAUUGCUGCCUUCUCCGCAUCUGUGCUCAACAUCCUGGCCAUCACGGUGGAUCGCUACUUGUCCCUCUACAACGCUCUGACCUACCACUCGGAGCGCAUGGUGACAUUCACCUAUGUCAUGGUGGUUCUCAUUUGGCUGGUGUGCAUCAUCCUGGGCCUACUGCCAAUACUCGGCUGGAACUGCCUCCGAGACGAGGCCAGCUGCAGUAUCUGCUGGCCGGUCACCAAAAACAAUGCUGUGGUGCUCGCGGUGACGUUCUUGCUGGUGUUUGCCCUCAUGAUGCAGCUUUACCUACAGAUCUGUAAGAUUGCCUUUCGCCAUGCACAGCAAAUCGCUGUCCAGCACCAGUUCAUGGCCAUUUCCACCACAAAAGGUGUAUCCACGCUCUCUGUCAUCCUCUGCACCUUUGCUGCAUGUUGGAUGCCCUUCGCCAUGUAUUCGAUUGUGGCAGACUCCAGCUACCCGAUGAUCUACACGUAUGCAACAGUGCUGCCGGCGACAUGCAACUCGGUCAUAAACCCAAUCAUAUACGCUUACAGAAAUCCGGACAUCCAGAAAUCCCUGUGGUUAGCCUGCUGCGGAUGCGUGCCGUCCAACUUCUCCUUGCGGCCAAGGACAUCGAGCGAUGUAUAGGUCGGACUCACAGAAUUAGUUUGUACUGUGUCAGUGUUAAUGAUAUGAUGUCCUCCAUUGGUGGGAUCCCAGUCAAACGUUGCUGGUUGUGCAGUAGUUGUUGCGAUCCAAGAAGUCAACCUGCUAUGUAUAAUUAGAUGUCUUUAAUGCAUAGUAGACCUCUACGCACAACAUUUAAAAUUAUACCAGAUGUGAGACCGUUCCAGUUGAACAUGAUCUGGAUAUUCCGAGAUAUGCAGUACAUGCCUAGUGACACAAAUCAAUAUACUAUUUAUCUUAAAAAAACAAAAACAAAAACAAACAAACAAAAAACAUCAUUAAUAGCUAAAAUUAUUACAAAACUGACCUGAUACGUAUAAAGAAAGCUGUAAAUGGUAGACAGCUUUCGUGUACAUGCUCAUGCUAUAUGGAGCUCUUUCAGCACCACGGACAGCAGCAGGUACAAUGAAGCUAUUCCCUAUUCCCCGCCUCUAACACUUAAAUCUGUGUUCGCUUAAAAAUGUAUGAAUGACAGAGAGAAAACACGGUCCUGUGGGCAAAAAUUAUAGAGCUUCUGGCAUUUGUCGCUUUACAGCCAAUUUUAUCAAAUCACUUUUUUUAGAAACUGAAAUUAUAGUGCAAAGGAAAAAAAUGACCUCUUUUCAUUUCAAUGUGAUUAUUUUUUGCUACACAUCAUUGGUGGUGAAAUUUCAUAAAUGUAAAAAUCCCUGAGAAAAGCCAAUUUGUUUAGACAUGCUGAACUGGUUUAUUGUCUAGCAUCCCUAAUGACAUUGAAAUAUCUUCUGCCACGAAACUAAGGCAAAUCAUAUUUUCACACAUUUUUGGUCUCUGGAAUCUAUUGAGCACACAUCUUGGUGUUGGUGCAAAAUGGCAGAGUUAAUGAAGGUCUGAGCGCGAAAUGAGGUGUCAACCACAAUACUUUAAUUUCAACAUCAGGCAGCAUCUUUCAAGGCAAUUUUGUGUUAGGCCAACUGAGACAUGAACGCUUAAAUAAGACGAGUGCUUCUGAACUGAAAUCCCUUCUGUCCCAUUUUAGCUUAGUUAUCUGAUCUUUUAAUAGGCCUUCAUGCAGAUCUAUUUACACACAAGCCUGACCCUAACAUUGAUCCCUGAUCUGAUGGACUAAUUGUACAUUCUACACACUCAAUUAUAUCUGAUAAUCACCAGGAUCAUUUUUCUGUAGGAUUCAGCCAAAAUGACCUUGAAAUAACAUGUAAGAUUUAAAAACACAUCAUUAAAUCAGCCGAAUUGGAUUUAUACUAUGCUACACAACCAAAAAAACAAACAACAUAACAACAUAACAAGCUCAAAGGACAAAA